UUUUUGAUAAUAGAUCUUAUUUUUAGCAAUACAAAAUGUCAAAGAAGUGCUCAAACUGUGAAAGAAGGAUGAAGGACAAAGAAAAAGAAGUUAUUGUGUGUAAAAACUGUGGAGAAUUUGCUAUCUGUCAUCUUUGUUCCAGAAACUUAUCAGAAUAUGUCAGAGGCCCUGGUCUCUGUCCUUUCUGAGAAAGUUACCCAAGAAAGAGCAACUAUGAGAAGAGUUCAUCGAAAUAUAAUUGAUGAUACCGUACAAGGAGUAAAAACCACUCUGACACUAAUGCGAGGCCAAGGCAGCGCAAACAUACAAAUGUCAGAGAUAUAAAAUCACUCAGAGUAUUGCAAAAAUAACUUAGUAUAUGUCAUUGGACUAUCUCCUGAAUUAGUCUUAGGAAAACAUGAUAGCGAGAUUUUAAAAUAGCUCAGAGUAUUUCGGACAAUAUGGUACGCUAAAGAAAGUAGUCGUCAAUAAAAAUUACGUUUACAAACCAAAAGGAUCCACAAGUCCAAGUUAUGGAGCGUACGUAACAUACUCGUCUUCAAAAGAAGCGGCACUUGCAAUAUUGGGAAUUGAGCAGCAUGAAAUGGAUAACCGGUUACUUCGGGCAUCUUUUGGAACCACUAAAUAUUGAUCAUUCUUUCUCAAAGAUCAGAAAUGCUUGAAUAAAGACUGCUUAUAUUUGCACAAAUGGCAUGAUGAAUCUGAGACAUACACUAAAGAAGAAAUGGCAAGCAAAAAGAUCUUUUCUGACCAAUUAGAAAUAGCUCUCAGAGUGUCUGGCCUAAACUCCAUGACUAAGGAUGAAUUUGUAGCUGAAUAUGAAAAGACUUAUGGCAAAUUGGUUACCAAAACCCAAUUCCCCAACAUUCUUCAGAUCAUAGAGAAAUAUUCUAAAUAUAAUGCGAAUAAAGAUCAAAGUAGUGAGAAGAAAACUCCAAAGAAAGUAUCUCAAAAAGCAAGCACAAUUGAUCCAGGCAGAAAGCUAAAUCAGGCUCUCGAAGAAACCAAAAAAAAGAAACCCAAAGCGGUGAAUCAGCAAGAAUUACAACAGAAAGCUCAUCAGGAAAUUGAAAAUAAGAUACAUGAAGCUAAUAUCAUCGCAAUGAAUCGGGAACUCAAGAGGGAAGAAAUGGCAAUGAGCAAGAGCAAGUCCAAGGUUCUUCAUCCAUAUUCAAAACUUAUGAAGUGAGAAACAAUGAAUCCCUACUUGCUCACCCAAAUGCACCAGAAUCCUCACAUACAAAUUGAUCCAAGAAGAGAGGUUGAGAAUAAGAGAGCUAUUAGUAGUACUAGAGAUAAGGGUCAUCAAAUGGUUGCAUAUUCUCCUUCAGACAGACAGUUAAAUACUUUCGAGAAUUAUAACCUAUUCGGAUUGUCAGAAGAUUCCACAAUUUGUAAAACUCCGCAAACUGUAGUCGGACAAGAAAACUUCCCUUAUAUGAUAAGUCCUUACUUUUUUAACAGAAACACGGAGUCUAGGUUUAACUUUGCAAGAAGUAUGGAUCCAAAAGAAGAGACGGUGUCACUCCAAAUCCCAGUAAAAAUUCAAGAGAUUCUUGAGAAAAAUAUUAGAACAAUGAGCAAUAAAGCUCACAAAAAUAGCGUUGAAGAUACCUCAAGCACUGACAUCAUCGAUUUUCAUGAAGAUUGGUCCUCUACAAUGGACAAACUUAGAUUUGAGGAUGAAAGAAUCCUAUCUAUGGCAAGCCGUAGAUCAUCUCCUCAUCGCUUUGAUAACAACAGGCAUAACCUUAGCCCAAGAUCAGAGCUUCAUAAGAAACCAGGCUCACUUAGCAAGAGAGAUGGUGGUGACUAUAUGUGGUCUACUAGUAACAAACUAGAUUCUCGUUCAAGCAUUUAUAGCAAUGCUGAAUGAAAUCGGAGCGAAGCAGUUGGAUUCCAAUACGACAGUGAAACAGCCUCAAACAACGAAUACCUUCCUGACCACUUAAGAUUCACUAAUGAAUUCAAUCUCCACUCUCAUAGGAGUAGAAAAUAGUUAUCCUCCUACGUGAGAGCCCAGUUCCCUCUCACAUUUGUAUUCUUUUUGAUUGAUUCUCUAAUAUAAUUCAAUCAUUGUAAA